UUUUAUAUUUUCCUCCUUAAAACAAAUCUCCUCCUUUGACUGAAUCCUAUAUCCUCUCUCUGAUUUCGUUUUUAGGGUUGUAUUUUUCUUUGUUCUAAUUCAAAAAAGAAAAUGUCAAGUGCUUUAGAGAUGUCGCUCGACGAUCUCAUCAAGCGUAACCGUAAGUCGAGAUCCGGCAAAUCUCGCGGCCGGGGACGUGGAUCCGGACCUGGACCGGCCCGCCGUUUUCCUAAUCGUGGAGCAAACCGCUCGGCACCGUAUGCUCCUGCUAAGGCGCCGGAGACGACGUGGCAACAGGAUAUGCUUUCCGAUAAGAGAGCGGCGUUGCAAGGACUAGCGGGUCGGAAUUCUGGAAUAGAAACCGGAACGAAGCUUUAUAUCUCUAAUUUAGAUUACGCUGUUUCAAACGACGACAUCAAGGAAUUGUUUUCUGAGGUUGGUGACCUGAAACGAUUUUCGGUCCACUAUGAUAGGAGCGGGAGAUCAAAGGGAACAGCAGAUAUUGUCUUCACACGGCGAGCAGAUGCUUUGGCUGCAGUAAAGAGGUACAACAAUGUUGAGCUCGAUGGGAAACCGAUGAAAAUCGAGAUUGUUGGAACAAACAUCGCUACCCCUCCUGCACCUUUAGGAGCUAAUGGUGCCUUUCGAAGUUCUAAUGGAGCCAUUAAAGGUGGCCAAGGCAAGGGUGGUGGAUUUGGUAGGCAACGUGGUGGUGGUGCUGCUGGAAGAGGCCGUGGACGAGGGAAGGGUCGUGGAGAAAAGGUUUCUGCAGAAGAUCUUGACGCCGAUCUAGAGAAGUAUCAUUCCGAAUCAAUGCAGACAAAUUGAAGCAUUUCAAAUGUUUUAUUGGCUGGUUUUAUAUGUUUCUACUGUGGACAUUGCAUGCUUCAUCCCGACUAAGUUGUGUAUCUCUACCAAAUCAUACUCUUUACCAGAACUAGUCAUGGAGAGAACUAUUAGUGUCUUGAUUUAUAGAGUUUGGCCUUUUACUGUAACCUUGGUUUAUGAUUUUGGUUCCAUUGCUACCGACUCUUUGCCACAAGCUGGGAAUGAAAGCAGGAAGUUUUUUUCCUCA